UUUCUAUUCAACAAAUAAAAACAACUUCAUAAUAAUAAUUUAAAUAACAAAACACACAACAUUUUUGAAGGGUAGACUGAAGAAGCAAUAAUAGAAAAUGGCUCAAACGAUGUUGUUGACAUCUAACACCAUCAUUUCAGGCCAACCGUUGCUUCGAUCACUUAGACCGAAACCUUUCUCAUAUAUCGUACUCCCUCCGAGUCUUCUACCUAAAUCGUCUCCGACGUCUACUACAUUUUCGAGCCCGGUUGCCCUUUUUAAACCCAAGACAAAAGCUGCCCCUAAGAAGGCUGCUCCGGCUCCGAAGCCAAAGGUUGAAGAUGGCAUUUUUGGCACAUCGGGAGGUAUUGGAUUCACGAAGCAAAACGAGCUCUUUGUUGGCCGUGUAGCUAUGAUUGGCUUUGCUGCAUCAUUGUUGGGAGAAGCAAUAACCGGAAAAGGAAUUCUAUCCCAACUCAAUUUGGAAACCGGGAUUCCGAUCUAUGAAGCCGAGCCACUUCUUCUGUUCUUCAUCCUCUUCACACUCCUUGGAGCCAUUGGAGCUUUGGGUGAUCGCGGUCGGUUUGUUGAUGAGCCAACCGGACUUGACAAGGCUGUUAUUCCUCCUGGGAAGGGGUUCCGAUCCGCUUUGGGUCUUAGCGAAGGAGGUCCAUUAUUCGGGUUCACCAAGGCGAAUGAGCUCUUUGUCGGAAGGCUGGCUCAAUUAGGUAUUGCUUUCUCGUUGAUCGGUGAAAUCAUCACUGGAAAAGGAGCUCUAGCACAGCUAAACAUUGAGACCGGGCUCCCGAUAAGCGAGAUCGAGCCACUUGUGUUGUUUAAUGUUGCUUUCUUCUUUGUUGCUGCCUUGAAUCCUGGUACUGGAAAAUUUGUCACAGACGAGGAGGAAGACUAAAUCAGUAUCAAGUUUGGGUUUUGUAGAUUUUGAUCAUUUUAUAUGUAUUUGUGUUAUAACAAUUGACAUAUGAAGUGUGAUAACGUACCCCAUUUAAUUAAUGAAAGAUGAAAAAAUAGAGAAUCUUGUCAAAUUUA